GUGACGUCACGUAUUUUGUAAGAAUUGUGCUGUGUAUGGCAGUAAAUGAUAAAUUUGAAUUACAUAUUUGUAAUUAAAAAAAUGAAUGUUUUCUGGUGAAAACUGUCAAUGGAUACUUGGCCAGAAAUUCGUUCUUACCUCUUAAUUCACAUUGACAACUAAGCAGCAAUCAGCUUUGACAGGCACAGAUCUUGUUUGUACAGGAAGUUAUUGGGAGACUGUAUUUUAGUUAGGGACAAAUUUGAUGUAGGCUAUGAUGCUUCGAAACAAAAAGGUGUUAGCAAAUAUUUCUGGAGUUGCUGUUAAGAGGAAGAUGGCUAGAAACAGGAGCGUAUUAAAACAGUCACAAUCAGAAGGCCACCUUGAAGCAAAAAGCACGAGGAAACAUGAUUCAGUCUUACAUCAUUGCACUGAUUUGUGCAAGUCUUUGUCCAGCUGUGACUAUAUUUCUGGUGCUGAGCAGUCAUCAUCUAUUGCAGAACAUUCUUCAAUGAGCCUGAUGAAAAAUACUCCAUCUGCUGAAGUGGGGAAGUGUAGUAGUGCUUUGGUAGGUAGUAACACCAGUUCAUCACAGGGGUCGCCUAAAUCUAAUAAGACAGCAGAUUUACAGUCGUCAACUGUCUCAGAAGAUUCAGUACGAAGCCUUGACAUGGAGGAUUCCAUUGUUGAAGUAAUUCCCAUAGAGAUUUCUGAUGUCCGUAUAUUGGAAACAAAAUCACACAAGCCGUCUUCCAGUGGUAACAAACCGAUAGAUGCAGAUACGUCAGAUGUUAUAAUUAUCCCAGAUUCUCCAGGACAAGGGACUGCAGGGAACAAGGCUUCGAAGACUACUUCAAAUGAAAUUUCACGUGUGCAGCGAGGCAGGAAAAGAAAAAACAGUGAUGAUAGUGGGAUUGAAAUCUUGUGCGAUAUUUCAGGAAGUAGACCUAAGAAGCAGCAGAAAAUUAAUAUUGCCAGUAAAGGGAGCAGUGGGGAUGGAGAUGAUAUUAUCUUCAUUAGUGCAGAAGAUGAUGAAGUGUCAGUCAUCAAAACAAAGGAGGAGCACAAAACACCUCAAGAGGAUGUAAUAAUUUUAGAUUCGCCUCCUGUGCAAACUCCUGUGCAGAAUUCAGACAAAACACCUAAGAAAAUGGUUUCAGCAUCUACAAGUGUAACUGGUUUAAUUCCCCAUUAUACGCAACAUUUAAUAGAUUAUAUUUCUCUUGAUGGAAGACCACCUGUAAAUAUUUCUGACUCAUCUAUUGGGACACCUGUGUUGCCUUUUUCACUCAGAGAUGCAUUCAGAGAUGAGGAGGAGAUGGUGCAAAGACGGAUUCCUGUUUUGAGACGGGCACAGGGUACCAGAGCUUCCAUUCGGCGGCAAAGGGAAAGAGCUGCGUUUCAUAACCGUUUAGUACAUGCUCGCAGUCAAGCAGGCCGAUCAAACUGUAUACCUGUGUCUACUUGCGCUUACUUUCCCCCUCACCCUUCAAAUGCACUGAUUGGAAAUCAGACUUCAACUAUCGGAAAUGCAGCCGAAAAUUCAACUGCACAAAACUCGACAACCCAAAAUGUAGCACCUGAAAACUCUGUACAACAAAACUCGACAACCCAAAAUGUAGCACCUGAAAACUCUGUACAACAAAACUCGACAACCCAAAAUGUAGCACCUGAAAACUCUGUACAAUCAGCUCCAGAAGUUUCACAAUCGCCAGCCUGUGUUUAUGGAACCAACAUUUACAACCCAAAUGCGAGUGACAAAGAGAAGGAUGGGUUGCGACCAGUCAUCAUUGAUGGAAACAAUAUAGCAAUGGGGCAUGGAAAAGGAAAAUGUUUUUCAUGGCGAGGACUGCACAUUUGUAUCAAGUACUUUUUGAAGCGUGGUCAUAAAGUGACAGCAUUUGUGCCAACAUUCCGGAGGGGUGCUUGCCCACCUGACCUUCGUUCUGAACUGGAGGAGUAUGAGAGGAGUGGGCAGGUUGUAUUCACACCAAGCAGAAGAAUAGAAGGGCGACUCAUUGUGCCAUAUGAUGACAGGUUCAUUGUGCAGUGUGCAGCAGAACUUGGUGGAGUUAUAGUCUCCACAGACAACUUCCGUGAUCUUCUAAGUGAAAAUACCACCUGGAAGGAAACAAUUGAAAAGAGGUUGCUGAUGUUCACAUGGGUUGGAGACUUGUUGAUGUUCCCUCAUGAUCCGCUAGGGAGGAAUGGUCCAAAACUUGAAGAGUUCCUUCGCUUUCCCAAGAAGUUAUAAGACAAUGCUGAAAUUGUCGCCAGUGUCAAUUCAGUACAAACUGCUGCUGUGUUAGAGACCAAAAAAGUGUUGUUAAUGUAUUUUGAUAUUUUGGUGUAAAGGAAGUAAUCCAUUUUUACAAAAUAACAUAUCCCAUUUCUCAAAAAUCUGUUGUCAAGUUUGUGCUCAGGUAUUGUUAAAGUAUAUAUACAGCUGUAUCUUGUUAUUCUUUUAUUACAUAAUAUUGUAUCAUAUUAUAUUUAUUGUGUACAGUUGGAUUAUUCAUUUUCAGUUUUAUAAAAUUAUUUUCCAGUAUAUAAAAGCUGCAUUUGAAAACAAUUUGGGUUGUGAAUCUUAAAGUGAUAAUCACUUUGCUUUUUUGUGUAUUAUAUGAAAUCAAGAUAUAUUCUUGCCAGUCGCUGUUUUUUAUCUCUUGCAGUAAAAAUAAAAAAAAAUUAAAUUAAAAAAAGUUUUUUUAAAACACUUGUCAGAGUUGCAUGAAGUGCACCAACAAUUUCUUUAGUUUCAUAUGACAGUACUCGAGAAGUGUAACCAUUUUGUGUAGGCUUUUGGGUUGUUGUUUGUAAAUGAAAUGUUUUAUUUGACUAUAACUGUUGGCUAAGAUAUUUCACAUUUCAUUCAUUCGUUCGUUUCUCAUAAAUAGUUGCCAUUUUCUACAUGUUGGUAAAGUUGUACAGGCUGUAUGUCAAGAUAACAAAUUUGCAGAGGGCAUAAUAAAUUUUCUUUUGUUCAGUUUUAGUUAACCAACAUUAUGGUUGGUUGAACAAUUUCCUUGAUUUCAGUUUGAUGGUUUGGUGCAAGUAUUUGUUACAUUGUACACAUUCCAAAAUGCUUUCAGUGUGUUUUUAUGACAGGAAUAGUGUAAAUAUCCUUAUUACAAGUGUGUGUGAAUGUGAAAUAAUUUGAUGCAUGUUCUGCUUUGUGCUGCUACAUCUGUUAAUACUUUAAGGUACAUAAAACACCACUUUAGCUGCAGUUUCCACUUCUGGUUAUGUUAAUGUGACCUGUAUUAUAAUGUAAAAAUGAUGUAUGUUAGUAAAGGUAGCUAUCAUUAAAAGAACAUUUGGAAACUCUUUUCUUUACAGUAUUCCCAAGACCUAAAUGCGUAUGAGUAUUGAAUGUAAAGAAUUCUCGGAAGUUCUUCUGUUAUGACAAUAGCCACUUUUACUAAUGUAAGCCUCUCUUGCAUUAUAAUACAGGUCACAUGAGUAUGUUCAGUCAACAUAACUGGUAGUGGAAACAGCAACUGAGAUGGUAUUUUUUGUAUACCUUAAAGCAUGUGUGUCAUGUAGGCUUGGUAUGAAAAAUAAUUAGUGAUACUGUUUGAUGUAUAUAUUAUCUCAAAUGUUGCUUUUGUUUAUAGGUAACUGUAGCAAUUUUUAGUAAAACUAAAGUUAGUAAAACCAAUAAAGCAGACAGGUGGAAAAAUGUCGUCCAAAUGUCAGAAAGGAAAGAACCAAAGAAAUUCUUACCAAUAUUGAGACUCGCUGGUAGUGGACUCACUGCUAGCAACCAAAUUACUUUAUAUUAAAUCUGAUACAAAUGAAGGUUUUGUAUAAGCAAGCUGAAAUAGUAUAACUGAAUGGGAACGUCCGUACUUAAGUUAGUUGUAGAAAUUUGUUGUUCGUAAAUAGUAGGGUCGUAAAUAAGAUAUAUGAGCAGGAUUACAGUCGAGCAUAUUUAAGAGAGAUGUACUUGAAGAGACUAUUUCAGUACAUAAAGAUUAUCAUUUUAAUUAUAGAUAUAUUUUUGUAAAAUAUUCAUUUCAAAUUUUUUCACACAAGGUAUGUAAUUAAUGAUGUUUUACUGUGAACUAAAUCACACAGACACUUCUGUAAAUAUUUGAUUAAUACCAUUCAUUUUCCACGAAAAGGGAAAUAAUUAAUAUAAUUUGAUGUUACCAAAAUAUUUGUUGUUCAGUCUUUGACAAAUUUGUGUUUUUUUAUAUAUAACAG